AUGGGGAUCAUGAGGGCUGCCAUUGGCGCUCAGGAUCCAUCUGCUGCUCCUGGUGCGGAUGCCGGCGUGGCUCCUGACGCUCAGCCUGAGGCUGCGAGAUCUGGUGCCGGGAAAGAUGAAGACGCAGCGGGGAGUAUUGACAAGCUGGCGUAUUGGCUGACGAACGCAGCUUCUCUGCUGCUUCUGCUCAUGAGAUCUUUCAAGACUGAUAAAGUUCCACGGGAAAUGGCGGCAUUUCGGAAGAGUUUAACGUGGUCCGCUGUUGCGAGCCUCGCGGCGCUAUUGCAAGCAACCAUGGCUACACAUUGGCGGAGUUCCUUCCGUCCCCUACUGCUGCUGCUGGCGGUGCUGCUCGCGCGGCAUACAUGCGUGCAGGCAGCGGACAAGGCGAACGCCACGCAGCCAGCAGCCGACGACCCCGUGGUCAAAGCAGAGAAGGAGGCAGGCGAUAUCGUGCCUCAAGGAGCGUGUAAGGCGGAGAUAACAGCGUACUGUUCGGACCUACCGACGGGCAACCGCUCUCUAGAGCGAUGCCUGAGCACCCAAGUCAAGAUGGUGAUGGCGGGGAAAGUGAAAGCGAACCCCGAGUUCAGCGCGGAGUGUUUGCUGGAGAUCCGCAACUUCAAGAUCGCGCUGUACAAGGACAUCAGCAUGAACAAGGAGAUGGUGGAGGCGUGCAAGGAGGACAUUGCAUCCUUCUGUGAUGACGACUUCCUCUACCCCGAGCCUGGCAAUGUGCUCGCAUGCCUGCGUGAGAGCAAGGAGUCGGGGCGUGUGUCGGACCAGUGCGCCAUAAUGGUGUUUGAGGCGCAGGAGGACGCAGCGGACGAUUUCCGCAUGGACCCGCAGCUGAACAUGCUCUGCUCCAAGGACGCCGAUACUUACUGUGGGGACGUGCAGGCGGGGGAGGGGCGCAUUCAGGAGUGCCUGCGGCGCAACCGCAAGAAGCUGAACUGGGAGUGCCAGGCGGAGCUGUUCCGGCAGGAGGUGGAGAACGCGGAUGACAUUCGGCUCAACGUGCGCCUCUUCCGAGCACUCUCUCCCUCACCUGCCCUAUUAUCUGUCUCUCUCGCUCAUCUGCCCUACCAUUCCUCUCCCCCUCACCUGCGCGCGCUACCAGCCUGUCUGGACGACAAGCGGCGCUUCUGCCCGGACGUGCUGCCCGGGGAUGCCCGCGUGAAGGACUGCCUGGAGGAGCACCGCUCGGAACCCGAGUUCUCCAAGACCUGCAAGGCGGAGUUUGACAAGAUGAUGGAGCGCAGGGCGGUGGACUUCCGCCUCGAUGCCAGCCUGCGCAAGUACUGCCACAAGGACAUUGUGGAGGUGAGACAGGGGCGCAUGGUCGAGGUGCAUGUGCACUGCACGCUGCAUGGCACACAUCACAUCACACACAGCAGGGCGGUGGACUUCCGACUCGAUGCCAGUCUGCGCAAGUACUGCCACAAGGACAUCGUGGAGACGUGCUACCCGGACGCGGAGGACAUCAGUGACGUGGCGAACUGGGACAGCAAGGUGAUGGAGUGCCUGCAGGACUACAAGGAGGAGCUCAAAGAUCCGCGCUGCCGCCAGCAGGUGCACCGCCUCACCAAGAGGGCAGCAGAGGACAUUCGAUUCGACCACCCUCUGCACGACGCCUGCCAGCCCGACCAGGAGAAGCUGUGUAAGGACGUGCCGAGCGGCCACGCACGGGUGUUCACGUGCCUGCAGGACCACCGCAAGGACCUGCGCCCCGUGUGCCGCGCUGCGCUCUUUGACCAGGAGAUCCGCUACGCAGGAGACAUUGACUUCAAGUUUGCCAUGCGCCAGGCGUGUGCCGAUGAGAUGAAGCGCCUCUGCUCCAAAGCGCCCGACAUGGUGAAGUGUCUGCAGGACCAUGUGGCGGAUGCGGACAUGGGCAAGGCAUGUGCCGACGAGGUCAAGAGGGACGAGCACCGCAGCGCACAGGAUUUCCGCCUCAACUUCCGCCUCAACCACGCAUGCUUCGAGGACGUGCAGCACCUCUGCAUAAACGCCUGCGCGCCUCCAGGCGUCGAGGGCGCCAUGGCUGCCGCAGCAGCGGCCGCGGGGCAGGCGUGUGGAGGGGCGGUGCUCAAGUGCCUGUCUGAGAAGGUGUCUCAGCUGCAGAACGCUGAGUGCCGCGAGGAGGUGUUUUACUUUGAGCGCAGGACCGUGGAGGAUCCAGCCUUGGACGUGCCACUGCAGCAGGCAUGCAAGGACGACGCGGACAUGUACUGUGGCGCGGGGGCAGGGUAUGCGGGCAGGGACCACAGCCGCACGCUCUCCUGCCUGCGGCAGAACAGGAAGAAGCUGUCAGCCAAGUGCAAGGCGGAGGAGCUGCGGUUCACUGCCAUGGAGGCAUCGGACAUCCGCCUGACGCCCACGCUGAUGAACGCGUGUGGAUUGGAGCUGCACCAGUUCUGCCGCGGAGUGCCUCCCAUGGGCGGCCAUGCCUUCCGCUGCCUGCAGUGGCACAUCCAGGAGUCCGGCAUGAGUGUAGCCUGCCGUGCUGAGGUGGACCUGCAGACCAUGCGCCAGUCGCAGUACUACCGCACCGACAUCGCGCUGCAGCUGCAGUGCGAUGCUGACGUGGCGGAUAAGUGCAGCGAGGUGGACGAGGCGGCGGAGAUGUCAAUGGGGGAGCAGGAGACGGAGGGCGACUACGGGCCUAUCCUGCGCUGUCUGCUGCAGUCGUUCCAGACUCUCAAGCCUGCCUGCCAGUCGGAGGUGACCUAUGUGGUGCGAAACGCCCUGUGGAUGUACCACAGCAACGCGCCCCUCACCAAGCCCUGCCACACUGACAUUGACACCCUCUGCAACAGCACCAACGUGGCGGGGUUCAGCGAGCACAAGGGCGCUGUGGUGGGGGUGUUUGGGCAGUGCCUCGUGGACACGCCUCUCACUAAGAUCUCGGAUAAGCAGUGCCGGCAGAUGGUGGGCGUGGUGGCCGGCAGUGGAGGGCACGUGGGAGGGCUGGUGAAUGAGAAUCAGCUGGAAGACACGCUUACUAAGAUUGCAGAGGCUGAGGCGGAGGAGCAGCAGGAGGGCUCUCCAUUAGUGCUGACGGGCUGGCUGGCCUUCAUUGCCAUCACAGCACUCGCUGCUCUGCUGCUCGGUGGUGGCUUCUUCAUCUACCGCCGAUACUUCGACCCUCGCCGCAACUACACUAUGGUUGUCAAGGCUGGCGAUGUGUGA